AUGCCAGUUCCGCAGCAAGGCAAACGACAGCGGAGAUGGGCCCCGAAAGUGAGAACCGGGUGCAAGACGUGCAAGAUCCGGAGGAAGAAGUGCGAUGAGAAGAGACCGAGUUGCUCGCGCUGCCUCAGGGACAAAUUCCCGUGUGACGGCUAUGAUUCGCCUAAGGCGUGGGUGUUCGAGCCUGGCGAGCCGCCAAGAGUCGUCAAGGUCGAGGCCAGGGCUUCGACUGCGGAUUCUGACUACGUGGACGAGUCGCUACGAUCUUUGGCCAUUAGCGACGAGCGUAUAACCCACCAGAGCACCGGGAUAGGAUUAGGGCCAGGCCACGCAGGACAAGUCGAAGACGUCGAUACAGCUUACACUGGGAAUCCCAACCUGAGUCCGCGAAUUGCUCGUCCUUAUGACGUUCUUCUUCUCGAGCCAUCCGGCCCGUGCACGACGGCACUCGACCAGGAUUACACACAGUACUUCCUUCUCAGGACGGCGCCUCUGCUGUCUUCGACGCGACGGUGGCAGAACUUCUGGCAGUUCAUCGUCCCGCAGGCCGCGUGGGUGAACGCCUCGGUCCGCCACGCCAUGAUUGCUGUGUCGUUGACGUUCGACACCUACGUGUCGGGCACGGACCACAGGGAGCUGAUCUUCUCGAGACGGAAACAAGCGAUCACCGCCUUCGCCACCGAGCCACGUAAUUCAUGGGAAGUCGGUCUGAUCAUCUGCCGCUUGUUCUCGUCCAUGGCGCAAUGCAACGAAGACUUCGAGGCCGCCAUGACGCACAUGAAGGCUGGCGAGAAGAUGGUCCUGCAGGCCACUCAGAACGGCCACCAUCGGACGUCCGAGGUCGUACGUCUCAUGGCCGCCACCUUCAUGGGCCUGUUCGCCGACUCGACCGUCGACUUUGACGUGAUCAAGCGGUUCGCGCCCAAAGCCCGACGAGCGUUCCGCACGUUGCAGAAGAUGUGCUCCGACUAUGCGCGGAUGUUGCGCCGCAUCACGAAUCUCCACUGGGGCAGGGAACCCGGAGCGGCCGACAAGACCAUCGAGACGGCGACCAUGGGCUUCCUCUCCGUGGUCUUCACCACGUUGAACCAGGCCAUCAGCUCGGCCAUGUAUCCGGACUUGCUCGCCUUUCCGGCCGACGACGGCAUCGUCCCCGUACAGGAGGUGCGAGCGAAACUCGUGGAGCAGGGAAGUCUGCUGAAUCUCGACGGCCUCAAAGACAUGCACCGGCCGCUGUUCGAUGCCGUCGAAGCAUUUUUUGCCCCACCGAUCGUCUCCGACGCACCAUCUUCGAAGCACCACGCCACACAAUCAAGAGUGUAUCCCCAGUACUCGCUACCGAAACAUCUCGAGACGCGCCUGAAAGCUUUUGUGGAGAAUUACGUCGUCCAGGCCUUCGAACUCGAACCGCGCAUGACGGCAGGGACCUUCUGGCUGCCCGAAUCCAUGAUCCCCGGCUGCUUGAUGGACAAGCACUUGGAACCCCCGGCUGGGGCGACGGCUUGUCUGCACCGGACGUGUAGUGGACAUGCGCACGCCGAAGAGGAUGAUAUUACGAGGGAGAGAAGAGAGUAUUAUCACGAGUUUGUAUGUCAGUAUCGGAGUGGUUUUAUGAUUUGA